AUAUGUGAGCCCGCGACAUUGACCUGCGAGCUUUUUCGGCAAUUUGGCGCAUGCUUCCCUUCAUGUGAUACAAAUAUGGCGGACGAGGAUUUCGGUUUUAACGCCUAGCGUCUAGUUUUUGUGUAAAUUUUUCCCAAUUAUCCUCACCAGCAAGGUUUAUUUUUAUAUCUAGAGUACCAGCGUGGAAGCCGAAUCAGACAGGAAGACAAAGAGACUGUCAGAAAGAAGAUUACUUUUUAAUACGCACCGCGUGACAGACUGACCUGCGCGAAGAGCGCUGAAACGUUAGACAUAACAAAAGCUCAGGACACAUGUCUUUACCAUUAGGAGCAACGCCGCGUGUCGCCCGAGAUUACCGACAGUUUAGCCAGAGUCCUUUGUCACAGCCAUUUCAAGGAGGUUCAGCGGCCGCUAUGGCCCAAGCUGCAAGAUUUCGUCCACCUUAUCACCCUGGACCUCAAGCAAUGAUGGGACAGGCUCCAAACCAGUGGGGACAGAUGAGCUAUGGGCAGCCAAGAUUUGCAACCCAGAGACUUAUUUCACAGGCAACUGAUAUUCGCAUUCCAAAGCCUCCAAAGCCUCCAGAGAAACCGUUAAUGCCUUACAUGAGGUUUAGUAGGAAGGUGUGGGAUCAAGUAAAGCUCCAAAAUCCAGAGUCAAAAUUGUGGGAAAUUGGGAGAAUCAUUGGGCAAAUGUGGAGAGAUCUCAGUGACCCAGAAAAACAGGAACACUUGGAUGAAUACGAAGUUGAAAAGCAAGAGUACAAUGAGGCAAUGAAAGCUUACCACAACUCUCCAGCUUAUCAAGCAUGGAUUGUGGCAAAAGGAAGAGCACAAGCUGCUCUUCAAGAACAGCAAGCAAUGGAAAGAGCCAUGAUGGGUUCUAUGCCUUUUGGGAAACUAGAUGAUGCAAGGUUUGGCAUUCAACCAGUGGAUGAUGAUGAUGACGAAGAUGACGCCUUCUCUGUGAAGCACAUAUCCGCGGCUCGGUUUCAUCGAAAUCACAAGUUGAUGUCGGAAAUAUUCAGCGAUACGGUGGUUAGAGACGUCAGAACAGUUGUGACGAAGUCUCGUUUGGGAGUACUUAAACGCCAAGUACAGUCACUCAUAGCACAUCAGAAAAAGCUUGAAAGUGAGCUGCAACAGAUUGAAGAGAAGUUUGAGAGCAAAAAGCGGAAGUUUAUUGACGACAGCGAGAAGUUUAACGACGCCCUUAAAAAGUUGUGUGAACCUCCAAGUGAGAACGAGACGAAUUUGAACGAAGUGGUUUCAGGCAAGAGCAAUGACAGCGAACCUUCCCCGGGAGAAAGUAAAUCAGCUACCACUUGACUCUGGUCGCAGGCUUCGUUUUGUAGCGAAUCAACGUCGACUUGACUCUAGCCGCGGACUUCGUUUUGUAGCUAGCUGAUCGUAAACUAUUUGGGGACGCAGUGCCUCGCAGGAAGAUACAAAGCAACGUUUUGUAACACUGUGCCCUUCUGGGGAACAAGUGGGUUUUGAAGGUCACUUAGUAACACUUUGCUAAUAAAAAAGGAAAUAAUUGUAUAGGAGUUCUGUGUACAAGUAGAUUGACUCUGGCCGCAGGGUUACGGUUUUGUAGCAAGCUGGUCCUAAAAUAAUUAUUUUAAGCCGAGGGCCCCAAGUUUAUCAGUAACUUAAGUUACUGUCACGGGUCACCCUCAUUAAAUAAAGUCUUUCACUUCACUUCACUUCAAAUAUAUUGGAGAUGCAGUGCCUUGCAGGGAGAUACAUAGUAACGUUUUGUAGCACUAUGCCCCUCUAGCUAACAGUUGUCAUCUUGUACGUCACGUAGUAACACUUCGCGAGCAGCAUUACGUGACGAUAUAAAUAAAGGCAGUAAUUGUGAAGGGGCUCUGUGUACAAGUAGAUUGUUUUGAGGGGAAGGAGCCUCCGAUCGUUAAGGUUAUGUGGUGUUGCAAAAACAAGGAACAUGACAAGUGGCGUAUCCUGGUGACGAUGAAUAUUCAUAAUAUCCAAUGAGGGAUUGCCACGUCACCUUUAAGCUGACGUGGAUAUCCCUCAGUAGAUAAUAUGAAUUUACCAUGAACAGGUAUCCUUUUAAAUGGAAUUGACUGUAGAUCGCCGAGUUUUCUAGCGAACAUUCUUUAAAACGAUAAGUAAUCAUUUUAUUAGGGUGGAAAGAAUGGCGUAAUUUCCGCUGUCUAAAGAGGCGCCAAUUAUAAGGAGCAUCAUUUGCUUUUGUCCUGUGGCGGUAGAGAGGGCAAAAACUUUAGUUUUCGAGGCUAACAUUCUGUAAAUAUCUUCUUAGGCUUUCCCUCAUGGUACUACUAUUUCGUUAAAGGUGCACGUAACAUCUUUAAACAAAACAUGAAAAGUCACCUAAUAGAUCUCACCUUAUAAACUUAAAGAUUCUUUGUGUUGAAAUGCCCCUAGACAUACAUUUAUUUAUUAAAAUAAACUUAAAGAUUUAGGGCUACUGUGUAGAGCAGUUUCAAAUAUUGUUCAGCUAACGUGAAUUGGGUGCAAGAGAAGGUUCUGUAAUAUAGCAAGCAUUCUGAAGCAGUAUUCUUUGUGUUGAAAUGCCCCUAGACAUACAUUUAUUUAUUAAAAUGGUAUAUCUUG